CGUCAGAUCGUCACAUCGUCACUCGUGUUGUGGCGCUGACAGAGUGCAGACGAUCGUUCCUGUUUCACCAGUCAGUGCCGGCAAGUGGUGGGUGUGUACGGAUCCUUCAAUUCCCCCCGAUUUCGAUCCAAAUAGACGUGAAGCGGACAUUCGAACUCUCUCACUAGUAAACAUCAGUCAUGGGAGGAUAUGCAUGGGUUACACUGGCUACGAACGAUGCCUAUUCUUUGGGAGCAUUGGUCUUGGCGCACUCCCUACGUCGGGUCGGCACCAAGUACGAGCUAGCUUGUCUGGUCACUCCCGGAGUUACGGCAACGAUGAGAGAAAAAUUGGCGGCAGUAUUCUCCUUGGUGCAGGAAGUUAAUGUUCUCGACUCGAAAGACGAGGCAAACUUGGCCUUAUUGGCUAGACCAGAGUUAGGCAUCACUUUUACCAAAUUACAUUGCUGGAGGCUAACUCAAUACGAGAAGUGUGUAUUCAUCGAUGCAGAUGCGCUUGUGGUGCGAAAUUGCGAUGAACUAUUUGAGCGCGAGGAAUUAUCGGCCGCGCCUGAUGUCGGUUGGCCCGAUUGCUUCAAUUCCGGAGUAUUUGUAUUCAGACCAUCUCAACAAACGUUCGCGUCAAUCACUGCAUUUGCCGCGGCCAAGGGCUCAUUCGACGGCGGCGAUCAAGGCUUAUUAAACAUGUACUUUAGUGAUUGGGCCUCUAAGGACAUCUCCAAACAUUUACCAUUUAUUUACAACAUGUGUUCCACCGCGACGUAUUCGUAUCUGCCCGCAUUUAAGCAAUUUGGCGAGGAUGUGAGAAUAAUACACUUUAUUGGCAUAACGAAACCCUGGUUACAGUAUUUCGAUACUCUAACUGGUGUCGUUCAACCACCGUCAGGAUCUACGCAUUUGCAACCGCUGUUACAAUUGUGGUGGAAUAUAUUCUGCGAGCAAGUGCAUCCGCAGCUGUCGCCUUCCAUGGCCACCAGCACAUUGGCUCCAAUUUGGCACGCAUUUGCUUCCUCGUCCUAUCUACCUCCCGUUUCUAAUAUUUCCGUUUACUCUGAUGCAAUAAACCGUGACGACGUUUAUUCUCGAACGCCGGAUUUCUCGGAAUUUAAAGAUCCUUGGGAAGAGUACUCUCCACAGAACGAUUUGUUCGCAACCGAUGAUGCAUUGAGUGCAUUGAGUGAUAAGAAUGAUAAUUAUUAUUGUGGAGCAGGAUACGAGAAAAAGGCUGCGGAUAUUGAUCAUCAAAAUGAUCACAAUACAUCUAAAUUUGAACACAAUCAACAAUUCCACUACGAACAACGUUUUUCUUAUGCGCCUAAACAAACACAACAUAGUUCGCAUCCUACAAAUAAUGAACAUAAUCAGUAUCAAGAACAUGCAACUUUUUAUUCUGAAGAGAGCCAUAGUCAAAGACAAGUCGUACAACACACCGAAGAUUAUUGGCAACAAUAUCAGCCGACUGAACAGAGAUACCAUCCCGAGCAGCAUGGACACAAAGAGCAAAAACAGCAUAAUGAACAAUAUCAACAACAUCAUCAUGAGCAAAGACAUCAUAAUGAGCCACAUCAUUAUAAUGAACAGAGACAACAUAGCGAGCAUCAUCAGCAUUCUAGACAAUCUCAUCAACAUGAUUAUUGUAAAAUGGAUGAUCAUUAUAUCCAGCAUCAAUCGGUUCACGAACAACCGCAUUCUACCGAAACGUGGCGCGAAAAUCACGCGCAACACGCUAGUGACCAAACUGCUCACUAUCAAAGACAUACUGUUUCUCAUAACGAUUCCCACUCGCAACAUCAUAUCCAAAAUAGCGCUCAAGAUAAUUUUACAUCUCACUAUCGUCAAAGUAAUGAGAAAAAUAGCGAGCAAUCAUCGGGAACUGCGAAUAAGCAGACAGACACGCAGAGAAUAAAUUUCCACCCUUCCCCUCCUGCACCUUGUACAGAUCUCCACAAUGUAGCCAUGCGAUCUGACUCGAAUAUAACGGAACAUCUAGACAAUGCAAAUAUGGGUAUCGCCGGUGCCUUGGCUCAGAUGACGUUGGGCGAAGCGAGGAGCGCGGAGCAAGUAGCCUUGGAGGAGCACAUGAGGAAGCAGAGCUGGGAGCAGGGACAGAUCGACUACAUGGGUCGCGACAGCUUCGACAAUAUAUGGAAGAAGAUCUGCGAGACACUUUCUCUUUCGCCGCAGCGUCAACCAUCUCCACCUAAAGAGGAUAUUGCUGAACCAAAGGAAAGCGCCAUUACUGUUGACGCUACUGAUGAACCUGCUGAGCCUGCUGAGCCUGCUGAGCCUGCUGAGCUAAAGACUGUUGAACCUAUAGAUGUCGAAGUGACUAAACCAGUUGUUGAGGCAGACAAGGAUCCAACGCAAUCUCUAGUAUGCGAAGCUUCUGAGGAGAAGCUUUCGGCGGCGCAAACUACGUGUGAGAUCAGCGACGAAAGCGUCACCAUCGCGCAAUCCUCUGAGCAGAAAACAUCCGCAUUACCUUCCGAAAAAAGUGUCAUGGUACAAGUUGCUGCAAUAAAAGAGUCAAGCGAGCUGAUGCAACCGGCUGCGAUAGAAAGCGCAAAAGCAACGGACAAAAAAUUAAGCGAAACAAGUACUGAAUUGUCUUCUACCCAAGAAUCGGCGUCUGAAGACAAAAGCGAAAGUCUUCCUAUCGAAACGCAGCAAGUUGAUUCACAAACAUCAACGUGUCUCUUGGUAGAUGCCUCUUGCAAGAAAGAUGUAACUACGCCUGUUACGCAAAUUGAGAGCGCAACAACGCCUACUGAGACAAAACUAGAAACUCCAGUUUCCGCUCAAGAUGCAACGGAGCUUAAAACUACUGCAAUUAGCGUAGAUAGUCCACAGAACAUCAUUGCUUCUUCUAUAACGAGCGAAGCGUCGCUGCAAGAAACCACGAAAUCUGUUAUCGAACCCGAUCUAACGCAACCUCUCACGAUAGAUCCGGGUGAGCAGCACGCAGAGGUAUUACUGGCGGCUUCUGAGAUUUCCACCGUCAGCCCCGUGCCUAUCCAGGUAGCGGAAUCGGUUCUUCAGACGAAACCCAAAGAGUCCGUAUCAGACGCGGCUGUAGCCAUGCGGGAUCAAGCAAUCGCUACUACGGUCACGGCUGUGCACGAGUCCACGGAUAUCGCUCCCGCAUCGAUCACAGUGGAACCAGUUCAAUUGAACGGAUCGGUUUGUGAGAAAUGCGACGAUAUCCCAUCUGUAGUUGCCAAUUUAUCAGAAAGUGCUGACACUUCUGCUCGGACGGCAAAAGAAUCCGCGAAUGAUUUACUUAUCACAAAAGACGUACCAUCAGAAGCAUCGGUAGAGAAGGUAGAGACCGUCAGCAGCGUGAUGUCUCCAUCAGAAAUAUCAUCUGCAAAAGUGGAAAAAUUAGCGGAAUCCACGGAGAUUGAGAGAACAACAGAAGCACCGGAAGCAAAGUCUCUAACGCAAACUACAAAGAUGGAAACGACAGAAGCAACAUCUGCAGAGCAGAUUGUAAAAGCAGAAACGGCAGAACCUGCCGAACAAGUUAAGCAAACCGAGAUAACAGAAGCAGCAGUAAUAACGAAGUCGUCUAGCGAAAUUCCAGAGACAUCAGAAAUUGCUGAGUCAAGUUCAACGGAAGAACCUACUGAAGCGGGAGUGUUCAAUAUCCCGUCGACGCCGACGGUGAUCGAGGCUACACCGCCGACCAGUCCGUCAGUAGAAAGUACGCAGGAGGCGGAGGAAAAGCAAGCCGAGAAGAAGAGCCUGAAGAAGUCCGAUUCGCUGGACGCUGCGAAUGGAGAAGGUGUGGACAAAAAGGCGGCGAAGAAGACGGUGAAGAAGGUAGUGAAGAAACCGAAGACGAAACCCGAGGAGGCGACUCCAUCGACUACGGCGGAGGGCGCAACCGCGGACGGUUCCCAGAGCAAGCCGAAGAAGACCGUGAAAGUUACGAAGAAGAUCGGCGCGAAGACCGGACAGACUCUAGAAACCGACACGAGUGUACCGGAGACACCGCCGCCGCCGUCGUCGCCAGCUAGCGCCGGUGUCUCUGCCGCCUCCGACGUGCCUGUUCCGCCCAAGCGAAAGACGAAGAGUACCAACGCGAAAGGAACGACCGACAAGAAGCCCGAAACGGAAGAGUGAUCCGAAUCGACAAUGACGAUACCUAAUAACGCGAAAGUCCGAGAGACCGGGAAGAGAUUCUUUGAUCGUUCCUGAUGGGGAUACAUCGAGAUUCAGAGCUUUAAUCCUUUCGAGAUUCCACGUUGCUGAGAGACUAAAUAUUUUCGCGCUCAAAUUUUUUUUAUAGUUGUCUUAAGAUUUUAAAUUUCGUUGAGGAACAGCUUGAUUAGCUAUUGAGAUUCAAUAGCUUGCUAAAAAAAAACAAUAAUAAAAAUUGUCAACUAUAUAAUACAGCCGAACGCCGUCUCGAAAGGAUUAAGGAACACUUGGCAAUAAAAGAUUAUACUUGCUAGUCUGUUAAACAGUUUUUUGAUACUUUUAAUAUAUCUCGCAAGAGAAGAGUUUCUAUAUCGCCAUUGAGCUUGAUACCGCCGAGAUAUUCGCCGGAAGUAUUGAGCAAUACGGAGAGUUUAAUCACCGCAAUAAAAAAUUUUUAUUUAUAUCACGCGUUACUCCACUUGUCUUAUAUCUCUCUUUUUCUUUUUUUAUUGAUGAUAUAUACUCUACUCAUUUUUACAUAUCGUAUUUGUGUAAUUAUCGAUGUCUGACGACCCUCAAGCGGGCUCUUGCAUAUUUCGAAUAUCAUAUAUAUAGUGAUAUUCGGUAUAUACGAUGCAACCUGUUGUGCCUUGCGAGCUUGAAUGUCCUAUCAUGAGCAAGAAUUUUGUCUAUUUACUUCAGUACGUCUGAUAUAAAUUGCAAGAAAAAGAGAAAACCAAUUGUGAUUGAUCAGUUCUGUUGAAUUAUGUUUAAAAUUUAUCGCGAAUCGAACGAUGCCAGUCAUCAUUUGUGAAAUUACCGCGAAUUACAGCUUAUGUUUUAUAUAUUAUACAAUGUAUAUAGGGUGUCCGGAGCGAAAGCAAUAAGCAACCUUGUCAACGCGGUGCUUGGAAGUACGCUAGUAAAGUGUCUCAAUUUCGUUCCGGAACACUAAUUUCUGUAUAUACAUUGUAAUAACACGAGUUUUAUUAUCGCUUAUUCAUCGAUCGAACGAAAUGGAAAAUUAAAAAAGAAGACUUCAAUUAUAAAUUAUAGUUUCAUUAAGAAACGAGAAAAGGGAGAGAAAGUAUGCUAAUUUAUAUUACAUAUACAAGAAUAAUGCAACGUGUUGUGAAAACGGCAACUGAGAUAUUACGCGAGGAAUCUUAACCGUUCAUUUUUUUUUCUUUAUACAUAUACAUAUAUAUUUACAUAUAUUAAAUUAUACUUUUCAGUGUGUAUUUUUACUCUAUUUUGUUGAUAUUUUCAGAAAAUCUCCACUUUUUCUUAUGAUAUAUAUGUACACACACACACAUACACAUAUAGAUAUAUGUAUGUACAAAUUUCUUAUUCUAAUUUAGAUUUAAGCAAGCAAAUAAUUUUUUAAAAUGCGUACAGCUCUACUCUUUCAAGAGAAUUUAUUGCAAUAUAGUAUGUAAUACAACUGAAAGCUUUUUAAUGGUAAUUUAAAAAAGAGAAGACUUCUAUAUAUAUAUAUAUAUUAAUGUAAUUUUGUUAUCGAUCUAAAUGUUUGAAAGAAGAAAGUGAUAGGAAAUACUCCAAAGAUGCAUCUAUAUAGUGCAAGAUUUGUAACAAGACUUAUCAUUAAUAAAAUGUGUAUCGUCAA